AUGGAGGAAAUUGAAGAUAUUUGCAUCAGUUUGCAAGUGUUUUUGAUAGCAGUCGGACAUUCGAAUGCAGUGACUACAUCCAAGAAAACUCUGGGCGUCGAUGGUUACCAUGGUAGAAAUAAUUCCAGCGAGCUGCAAACUUACUUUGGAAAAGUAUUAGUCGAAGAGCAAGACAACGUAAAAGAAGAGUUUUACUUGAUUGAAACCCAGGAUUUAGACGAAAACUUGCCGGAUUUAGCGGAUCCAGUGACGACUACAGUUAAAUCAGAACCCAUGGAUACGACGGUGGAAAACUACCUGUGUAUAGACGAAGCAACACCGAACAUGAUUACGGAUAGCGUGCUGUCAUGUAUUGAGCAACUGGACUACGAAUGAAUAUGUUGUAUGUUCACAUACUGAAACAGGAGAUUAUUUUCAGAUUUAAAACAAGGUGGUCCAAUGAAAUGUUGCUGUAAUAUUGUUAUUUAACCUAAAUAAACACUCCAAUAACCAGUAUUGUAUUUUAAAAAAUUAGUGUUACGAACCUUGUAAAACGAAUCAAUAGAAAAGGUGCGUUGAUUGCUAAUUUUAUGUCCAAGGGUCGUGCAAAUAUUUGUUCCAUGGUAAUGGAUGCUUUGUAUAGGCGGUUACACUACGCUUAGUAGUAACACUAAGACGUUGUGUGAAGAAUUGAUUUACUGUAAAAUUGGUCUCUUACUGGGCAAUUCGAAAUGAAAAUACCGUA